AUGGACUCCAAGUAUAACGAGCACGACUUCAAGGCCGAGAAGGGCGCCGAGGAGGACGUGGGUCACCCAGUCUCCGGAGAAAAUGAGUUCAAUCUGGCGGACGGACACAACCAGCUGGAGCGUGGUCUCAAGAGUCGUCAUAUCCAGUUCUUAGCUCUCGGCGGUGCAAUCGGGACGGGUCUCUUUGUUGGAUCUGGCGGCAUCCUCAGCGAUACAGGCCCCGCGCCUCUCUUCAUGGCCUACCUCUCUAUGAUGUUCGUCGUCUGGUGCGUGAUGAACGACUUAGCAGAGAUGGUAACGUACCUGCCGAUGAAAGGUAUCUCGAUUCCCUACUUCGUUGGGCGCUUCGUAGACCCCAGCCUGGCCUUUGCGGCUGGUUGGAAUUACUGGUAUGCCUAUGCUAUGUUGGUAGCAGCAGAGGCCAGCGCAGCGUCCAUUGUGCUCGAGUACUGGCACGCCCCGGUUGGCGUUGCAGUGUGGAUCACCAUGGUCCUGGUGAUUAUCCUGCUACUGAACGUUAUCGCUGUGUCCUUCUUCGGAGAGGCCGAGUUCUGGUUCGCAAGUAUCAAGCUCAUCACCAUCCUCGGACUCAUCAUUCUCGGCGUUGUGCUAUUCUUCGGAGGUGGACCCAAUCACGAUCGACUGGGGUUCAGAUAUUGGAAGAAUCCAGGGGCGUUCAACAACUACAUGGUCCAUGGCAAUCCAGGGACAGGGCGGUUCUUGGGAUACUGGCAUGCGUUUGUCAAGGCCGGCUUCGCAUUUAUCACCUCCCCCGAGCUUAUCGCUAUUGCAGCCGGAGAGACAGUUGAUCCCCGUCGAAACAUUCCCAAAGCUGCUAGGCGCUUCGUGUGGCGUUUGGCAUUGUUCUAUGGCUUUGCAUCUCUAAUCAUUGGAAUCCUCGUGCCAUACACUGACGACCGAUUGCUCGGGGAGUCCAAUGCCAGCGCAAGUCCAUUUGUGAUUGGUAUCAAGGCCGCCGGAAUUCGAGGACUUGACCAUGCCAUUAACGCCGCAAUCCUGACAUCCGCUUGGUCUGCUGGGAACUCCUUCCUAUACUCUGGCUCUCGAGUGCUGUACUCGAUGUCGCUGAACAAGCAGGCGCCAAAAAUUUUCGCCAGAACGAAUAAACACGGUGUGCCGUAUGUUGCGGUCGCGUUCACCUGGAUGUUUUCCCUGCUUGCAUACCUCAACGUCUCCAAUAAUGGUGCCACGGUCUUCAACUGGUUCGUGAACAUCUCCACCAUUUCAGGCUUCAUCGCCUGGAUCGUCGUCAUGGUCACCUAUCUACGCUUCCGCAAGGCUUUCGUUUACCACGACCUCCUUCACACGCUCCCCUACAGAACACCAUUACAACCAUACCUCACCUACUUCGUGCUUUUCAUCAUCACUCUCCUCACCCUGACAAACGGCUUCCAAAUUUUCUGGCCCAAUAAAUUUAAUGCCACGGAUUUCCUCGCCGCGUAUAUCACGCUUCCCAUCUUCCUGGCGCUAUACUUCGGUCACAAGAUAUAUUUCCGCACCCGUUUUGCGAUUCCCGUAGCUGAGAUUGACAUUAUAUCAGGCAAGAAGGAGAUGGAUGAGCUGGCCGAGAUGGAGCAACCGCGUGUGGCCAAGAACUUAUUGCAGAAGAUCUGGUUCUGGCUUGCUUAA